AUGGAGCUGGCAGGCCUCAGGAAGGAGGACGCUGAAUUGGCCUUGGCCGUUGGGGUGGAGCGCCAGGAGGGUGAGGGCUCUGCAUGGUGGCCAUAUUUAAGGCUCUUGUCAUGCAAGCACACGUUUCCUCUCUUCUACGAGGAUACUGAUCUGGAGGAUUUGGAAAACAUCCCCUUGAAGGAGUCCUUGAGCGUUACACGGCGAGCCGUCGAGCUCUUGGCUGAGAAGAGUGGCCUCGAGGCGACGGAGCUGAAAGAGGCUUUGCAGCUGGUCUUGGGGCGACGCUUCUCUUGCGAGGUGUCCACCGGAAUGAUCCCACUGGGAGAUUUGUUGAACCAUCGCUUCUAUCCGAGCUGCGAGUGGGAGUCGCCCUCCACAGCUAGCCCUGAGUCCUGGAAGUUGAGGGCAAAGAUGGAUAUUGCACCAGGAGAGACCUUGAACUUCGCCUACUGCGAGGAUCCCAACCACUUGCUGAUGACCACCUCGGGUUUUGUGGUAGAGGAAAACCCUUAUGAUCGCAUCAUGGCCAGACCCAAGGACUUGCGGGAGGCGUUGGCAUCAGUCUGCAAUGCACAGAGCAAUGAGGACUUUGCACAGUGGCGCAAGCAGCAAUUUAAGGAACAACUGCCAGAUCCCGAAGAAGAGGGAGUUGGGCUCAGUAUGUAUCUUGUUGGGCGGCAGCCUGGAGGCAUCCAGUGGAACGACUCGUGGCUGAAUCUGGUAGGACUCGCCGUCACAGAGGACCCCCAAGGGCAGCACUGGAGCGCCACGCCUGAAGGUCUUCAGAUGUACUUGGACGCGCUGGAGAAGGCCUCGUGGAGCUUGUUUCCACGUGGCCGCCUCGAGGAGGAUCUGGCCAAAGGCGAUGACUUCAAGUCGGACAACCAGGAGAUGGCGGCCACCAUGCGACGGGGCUAUAAGCAGAUGCUUAAAGAGGCGGUGGAGAAGUUGAAGGAUCGACUCCUGGCAGGUGAUGUUUGGCAGCAGUUGGAGAAGGAAUUGCAGGCACCCUUGCCCGCGGCCAUCGCGCCACCUGCGCAGGUGCAAGACAAGGAGGUUGAGGCGGAAGAUAGCGAUGAUGACUGGGGCAUCAAAUGGAAGGGCCCUACGAACCAAGGCCCGGAGCGGCAGCAGGAAAGCGUCCUGGACGAGAUUGCCCGGAUGGCGGCCACCAGCUCCAACUGGCACAAGGAGGAUUGGACCAAGAAAGAAGAGAGGCAGGAGGCGCGGGAUGAAGAGGAGGAUGAGUUCUACGAGGAGGGCGAUCGAUGGAGAGAAACCUUCCAGACCACCGAGGACAAAAAGGCCGACGAUGAGGACUGGAAGCCAGAUGACAGUUGGUGUGAAUGGAUUUCGAAUUCCAAAGAGGCAUUGGCCGUUGAGAACGUGGUGCGAAAGAUACGAGCUCGUGCUGGGCCAAAGAGUGCCAGGUCCAACAUCGAGAUCUUUCCAAACGAUAGCAUGCUGCAGGCCAUGAAGACCUGGCUCAAGAGGACGAUCCCAGAACAGCGCAUGCUACUUGCGAUGCUUCUGUUCCUCGAGGCCCAGGCCUUGGACAAGGAAAUGGUGGAGAGCCCACCUCAGCAAGUGAAGCUCAGUGAGUAUGACGCAGACCAAAAAGCUUGGGGCUUCGCCUGCUGCCGUGCCCUCGACCCCCACGCGCCGCCCUGUGCGGAGACCGACCGCGACGCCGUCGACGCUUCGAGGGAGCCGACGGUCGCGGAGGAGUUGGUCGCGGCGAGCACGGGACUGGUGUGGCGACCACGGGAGGAGUUCGAGACGCCGGAGAGUUUUAUUGCUCAUGCUUCCAAGUGUUUGGCAUCACAGUGGUUGAAGUGGCUUCAGGAUGGCACGCUGCGGUCCUCCGCCGAUGCGUCUUCGGUGGACGCGGAGCUCCGGAAGGUUUUGCUGUCGGAGGAAGCGGCCAAGGAAGCGAUUCAGCAGGUGAAGAACUUUGGGCAUCGCUUGGUGGAUGCCCGGCUGAUGAUCAGUUAG